UCGUUCCUCUUCUGUUUAUCAUCUUUCAUUAGCGGGAAAUUGCGAUACGGAAGCUACUGAUACUGAGAGGCUCAGCGACACGGAGCAGAGAAAACGAAGCAGAAUCACUAGAUAUUGUAAUUUUUCUUGAACGAAUCCUUCGUUUUUGGUGCAUGCAUAAGUUUUAGAGAUGAGCACAUUGGAUGUAACCAGAGCAGAACUUGCCCUUGUUGUUCUGUAUCUCAAUAAGGCUGAAGCCAGAGACAAGAUCUGCAGAGCUAUACAAUAUGGCUCUAAAUUCUUGAGCAAUGGAGAACCUGGAACAGCACAGAAUGUGGAUAAAUCCACUUCCUUAGCUCGCAAAGUCUUUCGUCUUUUCAAGUUUGUCAAUGAUUUGCAUGGAUUAAUCAGCCCUCCUGCCCAAGGAACACCUCUUCCCCUUGUUCUUUUAGGGAAGUGCAAAAACGCUUUGUUGUCGACGUUUCUAUUUCUCGAUCAAAUUGUUUGGCUCAGCAGGACAGGCAUCUAUAAGAACAAAGAACGUGCCGAGCUGAUCGGUAGGAUAUCACUGUUCUGUUGGAUGGGUUCAUCAAUAUUUUCCACAUUGGUUGAGCUUGGAGAGCUUGGGAGGCUUUCCUCAGCUAGGAAAAAGCUGGAGAAGGAUCUUAAGAACAAGAACAAGUAUGAAGAUGAGAAAUACCAAGUGAAGGUUCGGCAAUCGAACGAGCGAUCCCUUGCUCUUAUUAAAGCCGCCAUGGAUAUCGUUGUUGCAAUCGGGCUGCUUCAGUUAGCUCCUAAGAAAGUAACACCUCGUGUCACGGGAGCAUUCGGAUUCGUCACCUCUCUGAUAUCAUGUUAUCAGUUGCUUCCAUCAGCACCAAAGUCCAAGGCCUCCUGAAGACAGACACUCCUUGCUACUCAAGAGUAUGAAUGCUAUAUUCGUAUUAAUAGCUACUUGAAUGUGUAAAAAAAAAAAUACAUAUUUCCUGUGUAACCCUUACUGCAUUCACUGACUUCAGGGUGAAAUCAAAAUUUUAUAUAUUCAUCGUGAACUUCUGGAAA